AUGCGCUAUAUAUUCUCCCUAUUGGCUGCAGCGGGAGCUGCUUCAGCAGCGAUAGUAAAUGGGAAUGAGACUUCUGGUCCGAGAGGGCAAGGUAACUGCUCACUCUCAAACGGCACUUUUACCUGCUCGAGUGGGGCUGAGUGCACUUUCGACACGAGUAUUUCUGCAUUUCGCUGCGAAGGUGACUCAGGCUCGCCCACUGGUGGGAUAACAGACGGGAGCGACAGCGACACAGGAGGCAAAGAGAUGCAAGGCCCCCCUGGACGUUCGUGUCAUCAGCAUGAGAUGCAUUGGCACUGCGACGACGGCUCUUUCUGCGAAUUUGACAACGGCGUGUGGCUUUGCGAGACGAAUAGCUCUGAAGGAGGCACUUGUGUAGUACAUGGUGGACAUACGCACGGUGACUGCUCAGAUCAGUGUGGAUCAAUCGAUAUAGGAGAGUACGAUCAACCGCUGCACAUCGGUGCAAUAUUUAUCCUGCUAGUCAGCAGUGCAUUGGGAGUGGGCCUUCCAAUAGCUUUUUCUGGCUUCAAAAUGCGUUCAUUUUUCAGCUGGGGUUUGUUCGUGGUGAAACAUUUCGGUACCGGGGUUAUACUCUGCACUGCUCUCAUUCAUCUUCUAUUCCACGCGUUUGUGAUGUUUAACAACGACUGUAUAGGCGAGUUGGCGUAUGGGCCUGCAGCAGCAGCUAUCGCGCUGGCCGCUGUGUAUGUCGUCUUCUUAUUCGACUAUAUUGGAAUGAGAUUCUUUGCAAGAAAAACAAGACAACUAGCGGAAGCGACUAGGACUGAAAACAGGUCAAAUGAUGGCAAAGAUGACAUAUCUGAUGUUGACUCAGCUCAAAUAUCGCCAGAAAUUGCAAUGAGUCAGCUUAAAUGGGAAGUCUCGCUGCUUGAAAUAGGAAUUGUGUUCCACAGUGUGAUGAUUGGCGUUUCUCUUGGGGCAACAGGAGGAGACCAGUUCGUACCAUUUCUGAUUGCAAUUGUGUUUCACCAAUUGUUUGAGGGUUUAGCUCUAGGUUCGCGGGUGUGUUUUUUGAUUUUCAAAACCUGGCACAAAAUGAAGGUGUUUAUAAUGGCGGUAUGCUUCAGUUUGAUCACUCCAAUUGGUAUAGCUAUUGGCAUUGGAGUGCAUGAAAGCUACUCUCCAAACUCUAAAUCAGCUCUCCUCGCACUUGGCAUUCUCAAUGGACUAUCUGCUGGUGUGCUGAUCUAUGCAGCACUUGUGGAGCUAAUUGCAAAUGACUGGUUCAAGAGUCCUGAGAUGAGAAGCAGUGGUGUCUUUAAGACAUGUCUGGGUAUUACAAUGUUGCUACUUGGGUCACUCUUGAUGGCGGUGCUCGGUAAAUGGGCUUGA